AUGGCGUCGGCCUCAGCUGGAGCGGCCGGCGCUGGACCGUCAUCGUCAUCGUCAUCGUCAUCCUCAUCCUCAUCAUCCUCAUCAUCAGCUCCACACGGCACCGGCCAUCGCGAAUCGGGCAACGGCAAUGCCCAGCACUGGAUCGCUGCUCCCUCAACCACCACCAGCACCUUUGCCACUGCUGCUGCUGCUGCUGCUGCGGCUGCGACUGCGACUGGCGGACACUCGGGAUUGUCAGCUGAUUCAGCAGCCGCAGCGUUGCAAUCGGCGUCGUGGUCAUCGCCAUCGACGUCGGGUGGUUCGGCUGCAGCAGCAUCGUCGCAUCCAGCAGCGAGUGACGUCGAAGACGAGACCGCCUUCCUGCGAACCGACGAUACAGUCUCGCUCGUGUGUGUGCAGCCGCGUCUCCCAUCGUUCGCACAGGUCGCGCGUCUGGCUGCGUCUGCGGCGUCCGCGGCGUCCCACUCCAACAACAACAACAGCAGCAACAGCAGCAACUCGUCGUCGUCGUCGUCAGCAGCUGCCUGGGACGCUGCCGCUGCUUCCGAUCCAGCCACUUCCUCUGGAUCAGCUUCGUCGUCGGGAUUGGAGUUGCGUGGCUUUCUGCACGCGGAGGGCUUUGGGGACUCGACCGUCCGGCUCCGUCAUGUCGCUCAGCAGAGAGUCCCAACCUUGUUCUUUGACUGCGCGUUCGAGUUCCACCGUGCCGUCUCUGUGCGCGCGCUGCAAGGAUCAGCCAUCCAUGCAGCUGCAAGUCGUGCGCGUCGCACCAUUUUGUACGGACAUGCGGUUCAGCUGCGCCACGCGAGCAGCCGCAAGCUGGUCGCAUGCUCAAACCGGGUGUCGCAAAGCGACCACCUGAGCCUUGUGGUGGAGCUCGUGCCCGAAGACUCUGCCUCUGGCGCCGAUUACCGCACUUGGUUUCGGAUUGUUCCUGCUUCGAAACAGCGCUCGGACGGCGAAAAGGUCCGCGUUCUAGACGACAUUUAUCUCGUCAGCCUCUCCUCGGAGCGCUACAUGCAUGCCACAUUUGAUCCUUCUUCUGGCCGACUCGGAGAGUCAUUGAACACGCUUGGGCCGGGGAUAUCCGCCUCCUUCUCGCGUACCCAGUGGCGUCUCGCGCCGUACAGCUCCUUCCGCAAAGAAGCUGAGCACUAUCUCAAAGGCGGAGAUGUGGUUCGCUUCGUCCAGCGACACACGAACGAGUACAUUGCCGCCAUCCCGCCGUCCACUCUCACCAACUUUGGCCUCGUGGCGGCAGUGGACGCAGCAGGCAUUCGACUUGAGGACGCUUUUAAACGCAUGCUCGAACAAAUCGACGCGGCCACGCACGCGCAUGCUGCCACCCUGGCAACCAGCGUUGAGGAAUCGGCUCUCGAAGCCGACAUACCUCCCGCCCCAGCGCCAGCACCAACUGCUUCGCCCCGCUCGCCAAAUGUCCCAAAAGAUACCUCCGCCCCACCGCCCCCCGUGCCGCCACCACCUCCGCGCUCGAACUGGCAGCGAUCCCCCACCCUCAAUGCGACAACUGAUAGCGCGUCCCUGACCUCACCCACCGUCCAAGGACUGCUGCGUCAGUCCGCGUCCUCGCUCAUGGCAUCGGCUUCUCUCCCGCUGCCCGAGCGAGUUGUUCUCCAAGAGCAACGUCAGUCUGGAGCCAACUCGUUCUGGCGAAUCGAGCUCUUGCGCACUCACUGGGCGGGUGCCUUUUUGGCUUGGGGCCAGCCCUUCCGGUUGCAGAACUUGUCCACUGGCCACUACCUCGCGUGUGUGCCCGAGUCUCCCUUCUGUUUCCAGAAUGUUCUGCACAACACUGGGUUUGAAACAGUGUUUGCGCUCUAUCCGUCCUUGUCCUCGUCCGAGGUCUUUGACGACAGCGUUGAGCCAAGCAUGGGCGUUGCCACCAUCAAGACGGGCGACUCGAUGGUGUACCUGCGCCAAGUCGCUUCCGGGUGCUGGGCGCAUGGUGUUGACGCAACCUCGCGCGCCGUGGCCGCCCCUACUCUGUUGGAAGGCCACUUUGGCCAGUCUCCGUUCUCCAGCCCGCGCCAUCCAACGGCACAAGGUGGCUCGAGGCGCUCGCCUUCGCCGCCGCCCCCUCCGGCAGCUGUUUCGUCCUUGACAACCCCCGCCGUUUCAAACGUGGCUCUGCAGCCAGUUCCAGAGCGCGAGCUGGACGUGCUGCUGGAUGGCCAUGUCGACGAUUCGUUCAUUGUUGUGCACGUUGUCGAAGACGACGCGUGGGAUGCAGCGGUCGUCAAGGCCUGCGCCGCACAGUUUGACUUGCUGGUGCGCAAGUUUGAUGAUGCCAUCAUGCGGCAAUACAGCCAUCGCCCAGAAAGUGGGCUGUCGGUUGCUCGUGGGCGUUGGCAGCUCGGUGCAAUCCUGGAGCCGCUUCGUCUGCUCCUUGUAGACGUGAUUGCCCUCUUUGAGUCAUCAACCACCGAUCGAGCACGCGUCUCGAUUCGUCAAGCCUUCUUUCGCAAUCAUGGCCUCAUUGCCAAAGUGCUCGAUGUCCUUGACUUGCCGUUUCGCGAUUUUCUCGGUCCUGCUGACUUGACUACGUCCGAGUGCAUCAUGUGGAGUGAGAUGAUGACGCAAUUCUACACGCUGCUCGCGUGCUUUAUGCGAGAGUCUGCGGAAAAUUGCGACUACCUCGCGCAUUCUGGGCGGCUGGACGCUCUCCUGAGCCGAUUGGGACACAAUAGUGACCUUCUCGAAGUUCUUCGCGUGAUUGUGUGGCACCCGUCAGUGAUGCACCGAGUCUCAGAGGAGCACAUCCGUCUGCUGCUGUCACUGAUGCACAAGCAUGGACGGGAUUGGCGCAUUGUCGAAGUGCUGUCUGCGCUCUGCGUGUCUGGUGGCAAAGCCGUCCGCAAAAACCAGAACGCCAUUGUUCGCCUCAUCGAGCAAAACUCUGACUUGUUUUUCGCAGGGUGUGUUGCUGAGCACAUGGAAACCAUUCGCGCAACGAUUGGCCUCUCGCACGCCAACCUGUGUCUGGAGGAAGAUGGCGGAGUGCUUGACCGCUGGUACUUUGAGGUCACCAUCAUGCAAAUGCAAGGCGCCGACUCGCAGUUGGGCGCCCAGGCAUCGGGCAGCCAGGCGCCGGGCAAAGACGUGUCCUCCUUGUUUCGCGUGGGCUGGUCGUCGUACAACUUUCGAUCUGCUGCCAGGGAAGGACGAGGUGUUGGAGAUGACGCCAACUCGUUUGGCUUUGAUGGCGAGCGUGUCUGGACGUGUGGUCUCGGCCGGAAGGCUGACACGCUGAGCUCCUCCCCUUCCGCAGCCACCACGAUCGCCCCAGACCCGCAGAAUCUUUCAUCGAUCGGGUUUGAUCCGCAAGAAAGCUUGCAUUCCUUCACUGCUCGUCUCGACCGAGGCGAUGCAACCGCUGUUGCGCCUCAACUCCCAAGCCUGCACGGGGCAUCGGUUGGCGAUUUGUCUGAUCGCUCGACAGCUGCGAAAUCGUCGUUGCGGACUCGACCGCAGACAGGCAUCUCGCGCCAAGCCACCGUGGCGCAGGAGGAAACAUCGCCCAAGCGUGCCGCUACCCCGCCGAGCCUGGCACCUUCCGCCAGCAGCCGCGACUUGGUUGACGACGCGAAACCCGGCUUCUUGAAAGUGGGCGAUACUUUGGGCUGCGCACUCGAUCUGGUCAAGCGCUCCAUCUCCUUUGCGCUGAAUGGCAAGCCGCUCGUGGUCGCUUUCAGCGAGCUGGAUCAAGGCGUGCCUUACUUUCCAACCAUCUCGUUUGCGGACGGCGUUCAGUUUGUGGUUAACUUUGGCGAUGCCGAGCACCCCCUGCGACACUUGCCUGCCGACCACAACCCUGUCUGCAAGGCUCUGCUACCCGGCCAUUCGCUGGAGCUGCACCACCACGUGUUUGCAGGUGGCCUGCUGUCCAAACAGAACAAGCGCCAUGCGCUUGUUGGUGGAAGAAGCUGGAACCAGCAGCUCGCGACUUUCAUCCCGCGACCCAUCAACGCCAGCCAAGUGCGCUUGCCUGCCGAGAUUGAAAUCAUGAAAGAACUGAUUGCCGAGAACAUUCACGAGGUGUGGAGUAAAGGAAAAGUCGAAGCAGGCUGGGUUUGGGGCCCACAACGAGUUGACGCUGAAAAAAAGCACAACUGCCUCGUCCCGUACAAUCAACUGACCGACGUCGAGAAAGAGUAUGAUCGCAAGCUCGCCGUCGAGACCCUGCAGGUGCUCACUGCUCUCGGAUAUCGGCUCGCUUAUCUUUCAGACAGCAGCGGCGGCGGCAGCAGCAACAAGUACGGCUAUGACGCCCCUGCCUCGCUGACCCGGAUUCUCGAGCAGGUUCGCGCCAAUCAAAUCCUUAUGGAGCUGCCCGAUGUUCCGUUCCUCCUUUCCAACGGGUACAAGCCGACUCCGAUCGAUACGUCGCGCAUCAUUCUGCCAGCAGAGUUGUUGGUUUUGGCAGACAUGUUGGCGGAGAACACCCACGAUGUGUGGGCACAGCAGCGCAUUCGCGAGGGCUGGACGUUUGGCAUGUCCAAAAGCGCAAAGCAUCUGCGCAAUCCGUUGCUCGUCGCGUACAAUUUGCUGGAUGAGGUGGGCAAGAAGGCCAACCGGGACACAGCCCUGGAAACAGUCAAGACUAUUUUGGGAUUGGGUUUCACCAUCACCGUCCCGCCCAAGGACAAAUCCAAGACGAAGUCGGGUGGCCGGUUUAAAUCCUUGCGCGACACGGCUUUCCUAACGGUCAACGACGAGCCUGUUCCACACACGCCAGGGGCCGAGAUUGGCGAGCCCAAGCUCCAUGCGAGCUCGUUUGCAUCGUCGUUCACGGAGGGAGCGAGCCUGCAUCGUCAAUCGCGCGAUCGUCCCAGCCACCUGCGUUCCUUCCGUCUCUCGCAUGCCUUCCAGGUGACGAUCGGCAAGUGGUACUACGAGGUCGAGCUCCUCACCGACGGAUACAUGCGUUUUGGGUGGGCUGAGGCUGCCUUCCAUCCGCGUCCCGAAGCUGGGCUUGGUGUUGGCGAUGACGACUUGUCAUUCGCGUAUGACGGCUAUCUGGCUCGCAAGUGGAACAACUCUUCGGCCUCCUUUGGCAAACAGUGGCACAAGCACGAUGUGGUCGGGUGCCUGCUCGAUCUCGAGGCCAGGCGCAUGAGUUUUACUCUCAAUGGUGUUCUUCUCCAAAUGCCGCAAGGAGGCGACGCCGGUUCGCUCUCGGUUGCAUUCGAAGGGUUUGAGGUGCGCCAUGGCUUUGUGCCUGCAUUGAGUCUGGCUGAUGGCCAGCAAGUCUCGGUGAAUUUGGGUGACUCGCCGCUGCAAUUCUUCCAGCGCUACGGCAUGCAGGAAGGCUUUGAGCCCGUCGUCAAUCUUCAUCCCAACUCCGAGGCCCAAUGGUCGUACACGAGUGAGUUUGGGCAGUACGUGGCCUGCGAGAGCGAAACGGAGGAUUCUUUGUCGGAAGCGGGCAUGGCGGCUGCCUCCUCGUCCAUUGGCGCUGCGAUGAGCUCUCGCGGCCACAACGCAGCACCUGCAAUGUCCAUUGCUCGAGUCGAGGCCAUCACCUCCGUGACGUGGCGAACAAAGGUAAACGACCGUGCCCGGCUUUUGGCUGCUGGCAUCAUUUCGGCAUCAGCCCCCGCUGCCAAGUCCGCUCUCGAGACCGACGGCCACCACCUUGCUCAAAAGCCCGGGUCGGGCUGCACCGACAUUAAGGAGCUCGCAGUCCCACGCGCGACGCAUCAAAUUACGCCGACCGAAGGACAUGUGUUUGUCAUUUCCCAGGCUGUUGUCAUCGAGAACGCCAAGGAAGCUGACUAUGAAGUGUUACGGGCUAGUGUUGGCCUCAGGCCAAGGUCAACCACUCCCGGCCGCUACUGCUUUGAGGUUCGUGUCAUGCCUGGUCAGGACUGGCGCUUUCUUCACAUUGGCUGGAUGCAGUCGCCGGCGCAGCCCAACCCGCUCGGUUCUAGCGAGGCCAGGUUUUCGUACAUGUUUGAUAGCCGCGCUCUGGAACUCGUCAAUGCACACCUUUCUGCACUUGAGACUGAAAAAGAAGCGGAUGCGACUGACCUCGAGGACGGUCCACCGAUGCACCGGGCGCCCCCGCUGAUUCGCAUUGGAGCAGACUCGUCAGCGUCAGCCUCCGAGCGUGUUGUUCUUUGUGUUGCGGAUUUGAUCGACAAUGCCAUUUACUUCACCGUGGAUGGAGUUCCUGUGCCAGGAACCGCCUACCGCUUUGCCUUCAGCCGAGAAUUCAUCCUCACACCGGUUAUUUGCGUGGUGCCGACCAUUCGCCAACCGCUCCGGGUGCGCUUUGACUUUGCGCCACCAGCAUCCAUGAGCUCGUACAUGUCGGCCUUUUUCUCUCGCGAGGAAACAAGUUCGGGCAUCUACCCGCAGCGGUUGGGUCUUGAGCGACUUGCCUCGCUUGUCUGGACGCGUGUCUGCUCUCCUGGCUCUGUUCUCUUGCAGCCAGGUGUCACAAGCCGGCUUAUCUCUGCUGUUGCGCCCCUGGACUUUGAAUCGCUGGCCGUUCAACGCGGCGUUCAGCCGCAACCACCCGCCUCCGACAGAGGUUCAUCGGGACUGAUCGACUUGUCUCGUCUCGGCACGCCCUCUACCGGUUCCGAGCCCACGUUUGUCUUCUUUGUUGCCGGUGCCUUUUCGGCGGACAGCCAGUUGCACAAUCGGGAUUGGCCCGCCAUGACCCGAAAGUCCCUGGUGCUCACGCUCCCUGAGAGUGACGAAGCGCAGGACGCGCUCGUUUAUUACCACAAGUACAACAAUCUGCUCAUGCGCCGGUUCUCGGCAGAGCUUUUCAAAUUGAUUGGCAGCGUGUGCUUUGGCGGAAACGAACGCGGACAGGCGCUCCGCCGCAAGAUUGCGCCCGACGUGCGCUUGGUGUGCGGUGUCAAGGAAGAAAGCUUGCCAGUCCAAGUGCGCGAAGCGUACUUCCAGCUUGUCACGCUGUUGUACAUGGAGAAUGCAAGAACCGGCGAGACUGCUUCGAGCGUGGGUGUGAAUACCAGCGACAGCACCACCACGAUGCCCACCGGUCAGUCCGCUGUGCGCCGCGGCCACAAUGGCUCCUCCAGUACACUCACUGCGUUCGGUCUGGGCACUACUCGCAUGUCGGCCAUGAACGGGUAUGUCCCUUCUCUUGCCGAGCUGACUGGCGGAGAGUCGGACGGUGCCACCUCUGGACCUCGCGACCCUCGGCUCAGCGUCACGAGCUUGAACUCCUUGAACUCUGAAGCGACUUCGACUCCGCGUCCUGGCUUUGCCAAGCUCCCGUCGGGCCGAACCAGGAGACUGAUGGAGGGUCUCAAGCAAUACGUGCUGGAAGCGCUCAAGCAUUUGGUCGGCGCCACGGCGGCGGGAUCACGCGUGCCGAACGAGGUGAUUGUUGUGGCCAUGCUCGCCCUUCUAGACCAAAUGCUUGUUGCAAACGAGCUGUCCGAGUCGGAGCUCCAGCGCCUGUUGGUCCUGGUUGCCCCGGAAGCACUUGCUUCCAACAAGUCCGCGGUGGUUGUUGGUCGCUCCAGUCCUCCGCCGUUUGCGGCUCCUGGAAACGCUCUGGUCCGGCUACGGUUGGGCGAGGCCACCAAGUUCCAGCUGUGCAUGAUUUUCAGCCAUCUGUGCGACGCUCUUAUUCGCGUGCGCAUGUUCAAGGCAUACGCGCAUCUGCACCAGUUUAUCAUGCAGGCCAAGGACGACUAUGCGGGCGGCACUCCCUUCGAUCCGAUUGCGUUCUCGAAAGGCCACUCGAUCGGCGCGCAGCCCUUGCACGAAUUUGUUGUGCGGCGGUUGGACAAUCCCGAGCACCCUGCGACGUUGCGCUUGCAGCAACAGCUGGCGCUGCUCUGCGCCAACGUGGAUGACAUUCCGCUCAUCACUGGCGCCCUGAGCGCGGCCGGAGCAACUUCUGGCCUUGCCACUGUUGUCUCUGCUGCGGCAGCCGCCGAGAAGCAGCAGAAGGGCGCGGAGGCUUCCUCCAGCUCUGCAGACACGCGUUCGCACGGGUCUGCCUUCCAUCGAAUCUCACCCACCUCCGCCGGUGGAGCAGGGCUGGCAGCUACCCUGCAGAAUCUAGUGCACUCGUCAGUCUCGGCAAUUACCGCGGAACAACAACAGUCUCGCAUGAACGAUUAUGUUGAAGCAUUGGUUAAAUCCUCGGGCGCGGCUCUGUUUGGCGAAGGCAGCAUGUACUUUCACGGCUUUGUCACCAAGCAGAUGAUGGAGUGGACGGCUAUCCCCAUUGCCGAUGUGCAGCUCGUGUACGCCACGUCGCGGUUGUUGAAGCGACAGUUCAACUUGUCCACCGAGGUUCUUGCUGGACUCCAGCGCACCUUUUUCGUGCGGUACAAGGACGACGUUCGGCGCGUGUACACGCUACUCGCCACUGUUCGGCAAAUGAACUUGGUGCUCAUGGACGAAGCAGAAGCCGAGCUUGCUCAAGAUCAAUUGCAAAGCCUCAUCUCGGAGUGCUACGGUGCCGAUGAGCAAAAGCAAGCCGUUCUUCGCACGCUCAAUGCCCAAGAAAUGAUCAUUUCGGUGAUGCGCAACAUGCUGUCGUCUGGAGAGCAGUUUGUUGAUAUUAAGGAUCGGAUGAGAGAAAUCGAGAGCCUCCUGUUCCAGCGCGUCCUGCAAAGGCAUGCCCCAUGCUCGUUGCUGCUCACUCAAGUGGACGACGCUGUGAGUGCCCGUCUUUCGGAAACGCCCGAGGCUUUCGCAGCAGAUAGUAUUCCCUCACCGCCACGCAAGCUGCUCUUCCUUUCCGCGUGGGUGGAUGCCGUCUCUUGGUACUAUGAGCAGUGGCACUCUGAGGCAUUUGCGUCCCUUUUGCCAGGCGUGGGGCAGAGCGCAGCUGCCUUCUUGCACGCGCGCCAGACCCACCAUACCGCCCACAGCGAUUCUCUCCGCUCCUCUGCGUUCGUUGGGAUUAUUGACGAUGCUCUUCGUCGGCUUGCGAUGCGACGCAUGUACACCCAGGUUGCCAUGACUUCGACAGACCAACGCUUGGAGUUCCUCAGCGUCUCGGCGCAGGAAAUGCAAGACUUGAGUGAAGUCCCUCCCGCCGUUGCCCUUACGUUUGCGACAGAGUUUAUUCUUGGCAAUGCUCAAGCUCAAGGCGAACCCCGCAAGUGGGACAACGACGCGCCCGCGAGCCGCUUUGAGCGUCCAGCUCAACGUGGUGGAUUGCACCAACAUCUGCCUCCGAAUGGACUCCAAGCCCGGAUUGCCGAGCUGGUUCGUCAGCACGCGUCCCAUGCCCGGAAAACACUGGUUCGGUGCUGUCACUUUCUUCAGAUGUUUUGUCGCAAGAAUCCCGAGAACCAACGCGCCCUGUUCCGCCAUUUCGACUUUUUAGUCUGCCAAGCGAACACUGGCUUGCCAGUUUUUGACGUGGCCAUUGAGAUUAUUCGUAACAACACCGAGCUCUGCUUGCUGCUAGGCGAAGCGCGAAUCAAUCUGUUGGUGGAAACCAUGUGCCGCUAUGUCAACGCGCGUCGAUACCCAGACCAGUGCAUCGAUCUGCUGAUGCACGCCGUGCGCGUCAACCAGAGCCCUGUCGUUAUCAAUGCCAAUAUUGUGCGACAGGCUCUCGUCAAGCGCCCAGAGUGCCUGGUGCUGUUCUCUGGCCAAGCUGCCAUCCGCCAGCAGCUCAUUCGCCUGCAAUCGCUGGUGACAUCGCCUUCCAACAAGCGCACUGAGCAACCUCUCUUUGGCGUAUUGGCCUAUCAUGUCAACCUGGUGGCGCUGCUUGCUGCCUGUGCUGCGCUUCCUGCGAGCGCCAACCCGUCUGAAGCGAUUGCGUCGUCCUCACAAUUGCCUUCCAGCACGACAGUCCCCACGUCCCUCUACCUGGGAGAUUUGCGUGAUUCGACUGCGCUUCAAGAGCAGGCUGCCUCUCGCAUUAUUCUCCGGAGCUUGGUCAACAUGCAGGAUUUGCAGUCUGUGAUGGUUCAUCCCGACACACCCGCGUUCAUGAAGCCUCCAUUCUUUGACUACCUGGUCUCGGUGUUUGGCGUCGACAAUUCCGCGGUCUUUUUGAUGCUGGUGGACAAGUCUUUCCUGCCAGACAUGCGCCUUGUCGCUCACAUGAACCAGGCUGACGUUUCUCGGCGCGUGUCCGUGUACAUUUUCCAAGAUAUUGUGCCGUUCAUUCAGCGCCAUUCCGUCUAUUUUGUUGGUGCCGAGCAACACGCCACGGUGAUUGAUGUUCUACUGCACCUGUGCUACCAGCUGGUCAAGGUCUGUCCGGGCACCCAGACUUUGAUAACGGUGACUCGGUGCCUUGUCGAGCUGACGCAGGUGCUGCGCCCGUCCUUGUUCUUGCGUCUUUUGCGCGUGUUUGCGCGAGACUUGUAUCCGCUCGUGCCUUACACUUCUCUGAUUCUGAAGACGGUCAUUGCCCUUUUUGAGCGACACACGAGCUACUUUGGGUUUGCUGGCGACCGCGUCUUUGGCUCGGCCAAUGUUGAGGAGCGCCAUCUUGCCGUUCUGCUGUACAGCCGGACACUCAAGUUUAUCAAGCGGCACAGCGAGCACGAAAAGUACCCCACCGUCGCAGCGGAUGCUGUUCAAUGCCUUGCCGCGUUGGCGUGCGCCCUUCCUCCGGACUACACUGACGUGCACGACGUUACGGAUGACGAUUGGGCGCUGCACGACGACGAGUUGCAAAAGCGCGCCAUCCGAACUCUUUCAAGCACUGGCAACGGCUUGCUCACUCGUGGAAGCGAGACUGGAGAAGACGAUUUGAACUCGGACAGCAGCGGUGACGAGUGUGACGAGGGCGACGACAGCGAGCUGGAGCAUCCCAUGAACCGCUCUACAAGCAACAUGUCUCCCAAUCUCAUGAAUGCAGCGUCGACUGUUCUCCGUCGUCGAGACAGCACCGCCUUGGCAACGCCGCGCCGCAGUAGCGCCGCAUUGCUCCGUCAGCAGUUUAGCUUCUCGAACGCCCUCGCUGAUCAACAUCAGCGAUCCUCUUCAGCAACCUCGCCAAGUCCCGUCGAUUUCCUGACCAGUUCUCCGCAACCAUCGCAACCAUCGGCUCCCACUGUUGCUACGGCAGCAAGCUCCGUGCCUCCAAGCUACCGACCGCGUCCAGUUGACACGUCGCAAGUGCAAGUGGAUGAAGGUGUCAUGCGGAUUGUCGAGCAGUUUGCAGAGCAUCUUCAUGACAAGUGGGCCUUCUCCCGCAAAGCCGAAGGGUGGAUUUACGGGGAGCAGCUGAACGACUCGCUCAAAACCCACCCUUGCCUGUUGCCAUUCGCCUUUUUGACUGAAGAGUUCCAGCAGUCCAACCGUCUUACCGCAGAGGAGUCAAUCAAAGUUCUUGUCAAAAUGGGUUACCAGCUCGAGCAAGCCCAAGGCUUUUCGCGUCGCGGGUCUGGAAUGCGCCGUGGCUCGCGCGCUGACUCUGCCGCGGUACCUGCUUCUUCCGAGCCGGUGGUUGCUUUGGGCAGCCACGAUGCAACGUUGGCAGAGCCUUCUCUUCUUCCGUCCGCUUCGUCUUCAUCAUCAUCAUCCCCUGGGUCCGAGGCAGCUUCGAGGCGUGGUUCUGGAAGGCCAACGGCGAUUCGCAGUCCAGCCGAGCUGUUGCGCAUUGCCGAACGCUAUCGUCCAAGACCCGCGGAUCUGAGCGCGGUCGUUCUCGCCAAGAAUGUUCUUUCCAUCGCCGAGCGGCUCGCUGAAAACGCGCAUGAAGUUUGGGCUGCAGAUCGCAUGCGUGCAGGAUGGCAGUUUGGACCUUCUCGCAACAACACAACCCGCGAACAUCCUUGCCUCAUCCCGUAUGACAUGCUGACGGACGAUGAGAAGGAGUACGAUCGCAAACUCUCACAGGAUACCAUCAAGCUGUUGAUUGCUUCCGGCUACCGCAUUGUCCCGGCCCGGCCUCUGUCGUUCGACGGCAACGAGGCUCUGGCGCCCCGGCGAUUUGCCGGCAUCAUGUUGAGCGCCGCAGUGGCGUUUGUGAGCCGAGCCUUUGAGAUUCCGGAAAGCGUCUGGCUCGGCACUGCGGAUGAAGUGACACAGAGGCUCCGUAGCAUGUCCUUCCUCGCAGGCGCGCCUCCCCAGGCAGUAUCGGCAGCUGCCUCCAGCACCACUGGAAAGAACAAGCUGCCCCGUUCAUUGCGCCUUGUUGCGCGGCGCACUCAAGAGCGCGCCCGAGAUCAGCGCAUUGCGCUGGAUGUCAUUGUCCCGUUGCUCAACAAGUACUUUGCCAUCCAUGAGGCGUACUUUUCCGGAACGAGCCUGCACGGCUACGCCAGUGCGUUCGAGAAGGAGCAACUCAGUCACAUGUUUGAUGUCUUGAUUCUCGUGGCCAAGCGCGAGCUGCCCUUGGUUUCGCUUCGUGGAGUCACGCCGACUGCGCGUUCGUCGUUCUGGCAAAAUCACCGAAUGCUCAAAACGUACAAGGAUUGCUUGUGCACCAUGGUCAGAUCGCUCGACGUCGGCAUGUUUGCGAGAAGCCUCGAUGUCCACUACUCGGACUUUGUCCGCGUGGCCACCUCGUCACACAUGGAGAGUUUUAUGAGCUGGAUUGCGCUGCCCGUGUUUGUCAAGUUUAGUGGCGCCUUUGGCGAAGACUUUUCGGCACUGGUAACCGGUCGCCAAUCAUCCACUGGCACUAGCGGCGGUACAUACUCUGCUCGUGGCCGCAUUGUGGCCACUGCAAUGUCGGCGGGUCCUUUGGACGAAGGCCAGUUCUCGCCUGGUGUUGUCACUGCGCGUAAAGUAUUGAUUGACAUGGCCGAGCAGAUCUUGCGGUUGUCGCAGAGCCCAGAAGCGCUUGAAGAUGCUCGACUCCGCUCCCUGCUCGGACGCGCUGCAGCGUGGGUCGUCAUCCUUUUGCCUGUGGCGACACUCAAGACACAGCCAACUUUGCUGCAGGAAAUCAAAACCAUUGUUCGAUUGCUCCACACGCCUGGUGCGAUCGACAAUGCUCGCUUUGCCGCCGAUGUUGCCUUCCCUCUCGUCUCGAGCUUUGUCACACAUCAGUUUGACAAUCUCGUAAGUGCACGUGCAGCCGCCGCCGAGCAAGCAGAGUCGCUGUUUGUGCCGGUUGGUCAAGCCAAGAGCGUGGAAAGCGCAAAGCUCGACGACACUGCCAACGAACUCCGCUUGCAGAACGAUAUUUCGCGCACUUUUUCGUGCGCUUUGGCCAUGAUGGACGUUCGCGGCCGCGGCUGCGAGUACAGCCCCAGCACUCUGUGCGCUGGGGGUCUGCGAUUGAUUCGCUGCAUGCCUGCGGAGCAGUUUGUCUCUCACCUGCACAUUAUUCUGGACCAAUUCUUGAACAUUAGCAACGCCGUCAAGGCUGCGCUCGAUGAAGCGCGCCUAAACGAGCAGGCUGCUGCUCUGGGCCAACUUCGAGAACCACUUUCCAGCCAGGAUGCCACCGAGCCUCGUCGUCCAACUCGUGGUAUGGAGCUUCAGAGCAACUCAACCCGAGAAAAGUACCUUCCCAAGACGCUGGACCAACAUUACGGUGACCUCGAUGUUCUGGCGCAAUUCGUUGCGCGUCACCUUGACCUGAACGAAGCGUUUUGGACGGGUGCGACGUGGAGCUCGGCAGACCAUCAGUCGUUGAUGUUGCUCAUCACGCAGCUCUUCCACGUUCUUGCGCGUAUUUUCCACCACCGGUUCCUUCUUGGAUCGGAAGAUGCAAAGCACUCGGACUUUUGGCUGCGCGAGCUCAUCAAGCGGCUCUUUACCAUUUACAAUCGCGACUUGCAGCCCUAUCUUGGAAUUGUUCGGUCGGGCGUGCGUUUGUCCCCAUCCGGCACACUCCAGGUGGCUGAUGCGCGCAAGCAUGUUCUCGAUGAAUUGUCCAAACGAGCGUUGGCUGACGCGGCCAUUCACGAGCCUUCUCUGGCAUCCCCUGCAGCUGCAAACGCGACAUCGCCCUUCUCGGCCGCUUCAGAGCUGGCCGAGCGUCAGCAAAUCGUGCGCAGAGUGCUCAAGCGGGGCAGCGCCGACGGAUUGCGCGGAUCCAGGGCUGCCUUGUUCACUGCAGCUUCUUCCGCGCAAAGCUCUUCGUUUGCCGAAGCGGAAGGUGCGUCUGUGGGAUUCUCGUUGGGAGACAUUCUCAACAGCUUCCGAAACGAAGGGAUUCCCAGUGCCCUGCAGUCGGUGCGCUCUUGUCUUCACGCCGUGGGUGCGGGGCUUCGUUCGGUCUCGUCGAACGGGUACAUUCCCUUGAGUCAAAGCGAUAGUGCUAGCGGUCGACGCAGCAAUAGCAGCAUGGGGGAGUUGGACGACCCUUGGAUGGAAGGGACUUUGGCUGAUGAGAGUGACAUUGACGACGGCCGUCGAUCUCCUCGUGGCCUUUCGCGCUCCUCAUCCUUCUCCUCUUCCGCUCACCUCCUCGAUCAGCUUGGAUUUUAUCCGACGCCAAUGUUGCGACGCUCCAACACGCUCUCGUCAUCUUUGGAGGCUGUUGCAGCGGCCGUCAAGCCGUUGGAGGCAGAUGAGCAAGCGGCUUCAAAAACCCGCGCGCAUGCUGAAGCUCAGGAGCAAAGUACGGCAACGGCCGCCGACCCAUCUCCAACAGUACGCCGAUCACACCAGCGUCUGAUGAGUCCACCAGCACCGGCAGCAGCAGCACUCACCCUGUCGCAGCAAAAACAACGCGACGAUGCGCUGCUCACGCGUCGACUCGUUUCCCUCAUCAUGCUCAUGACCCGCAUGCGUGCUACCUCUGGCGUUGAUAAUGGAAGUGCAUGGACCAAUUUCCCGAAUCAGCAAGGAUUGAAGGGUGGUUCAAACGGUCUUGCUCCAUUGGAGGCAAACCGACAGGAUCAGUCAUCCGCCCAGCAGGGAGCGUCAGGGACUCUGGCAAGAAAGCUUCCCGUGCCACCUUCUCCAGUCCGCGUCGCUGGACCGCGUCGUUGGCAUCAUUUGCAUCAUUUCGCCGAGAUCAGUCUCAUCUUGCGACGGCGCCUGCGUGCCGACAAGGCUCUCAAUGCGGAACGGAGCAAACCAAAUCGCUUGAUGAACUUGGUUACCCAUCGGGUUGAGCGCACUCUACUCGGCAACAUUGAAGACGGCCAGUGUGACUCCAUCAUUGAAGCACUCAAGUCCGACCACGCCCUGUCCUUUGGCAUUCUUGCUUCAGAUUUCGAUGUGCGAGGAGCGGGCAACAAGCGUGCUUCUCUGGCUCACUCGGCUUCGAUGCCCGGCUCAUUGGCCCGCAACUCGUCCUUGGCAAUCGAGACUCCCAGUAGUGCCGUGGAAAUUGAUUGGAACCACAGCAGGUCUGGCAGCCCUGCCUACAACGCGUCGACCAACCACGCUCCUUCUCCGGCGCUUCAGCCCUCGAGUGCGACCUCCGCCACUUCCACCGAAGCUUCCGGCUCCAUCAACAACAGUGGUGCUGCCAAACGCGGCGGACGAGUUCGUGUCAAGCAGCUGCUGACUUCCUUCCGUGACGCCCUUUCCACGGACGCGCUUCCUUUGGACCGCGCACUGUUUGUCGAUUUGGCGCACAUCUUUAGCUUGAGCUGUGCGAUAGACCUGGACACGACAGACCAGGACAGUGAAGCGCUCAGCGCAGAGCAACGCGACUCCAACAAGACCGAGCGACGUGAGCGACAAGAGUUUUUGCUGGAGGCAGGCGCAGCCGAGUGCAUCGUGUCGCUCUUGUCCUCCUCUGGCGGUGACAUUUCCGUCGAAGUGGAAGCCACGCUCGAGUUUGGCAUCUCAUUGCUGACUGGCGGCUACGAGGCUGGGCAGCAAGCCAUGCUGGCCUUUUUGAUGCGAAGGCGCGAUGUCGACUUUUUCGCAUCCAUUGCGACCAUGAUUGCACGCUGCACUGUGCUUGAUUUCGACAUGUGGAAUCGUGACAUGCUGGCUGCGCAUUUGGGCGUGCAGACGGACUCUUCCUUGCUCGAGCUGGCUCGGCAGCAGCUCCCUGCUGCCAAUGGCUGGACCUCGUCAAGCGCCGCCGCCGCCGCCGCCGCCGUCUCACGAACAAGCGUCUCUGACAAGCUCAGCGCGCCUACGCCGGUGGGCGCUGCCAGUCCCACGCCAGUCGCCUCGACGGUAUCGGCGUCUCCGCUGCACACAGCAACGCCGUUUGCCUCCGCCACUGACACGGUUGUUGUUGGCGCGAGCACGGCGUCGCCCAUCGAUGUCGAAGCCUUCCUAUUUGCAGCUCGCAGCUGCAGCCAGCAAAACGAUGCCCGGUUUGUGUGCCACCUCUUCCGCUUCUUGCAGCUCUUGUGCGAAGGCCACAACCACGAGUUCCAAAGCUACUUGCGGACUCAGCCUGGGCAUGUCAAGUCCUACAACUUGAUUGUGUGCACCGUCGACUACUUGCUCCGGUUGCAGGAAAAGUUUAGCGAUUUGUACUGGUUUUACUUUGACAAGCCGACCAUUGACGCGCAAGGUCGCAAGCUCAUGUCGCAGUCGAUUACGAUUGCCAAGCAGGUGUUUGAGUCGCUGACCGAGUACAUCCAAGGUCCAUGCAUUGAGAAUCAGCUGUCCCUGGCCUCGUCCCGCCUCUGGGAUGCUGUGAAUGGUUUCUUUGCCAUUUUCGCCGGCUUGCAGGAUAAGCUGUCCUCAGACCCGACCCAAGUUGAGCUCCUGCGAGAGUUUUGCUCGCUCGAGCAGUCCAUGAUUACGACGCUUCUGGCCAUGCUCGAGGGCACUGGCAAUCGCGGGGUCGAGUCCAUUCCCCGGCUCAUGGUGGACGUUGUCUUGGAGUGCUUCUCAUCCAUCGAGAAAACCUUCCAUUUCUGCGACACGUACAUCAAGCUCAAGGAUAUGGCCACGUCGCUCGCCUUCCGAGAUUACGACCUCAACCUUGACGGCUGGAUUUCCAUGGAUGAAUUCGAAACCAUCAUGCGGCGCCAGAACAUGUACACUGAAAGCCAAAUCCGUGACUUUAUGCUGCGGGCUGAUGUGAACGGCGAUGGCCGCUUGGAUUACACUGAGUUUACAGAGCGCUUCCAUCAAGAGGCGCUUGAAAUUGGAUUUUGGCUUGUCGUGCUGAUCAAGCAGCUCAUGGACUCUUUCAACGUCGAGGUUAGCUCUGAGCAACACGACUGGGAAGACGUCGAAGACCCUGCAGAAGGAAUUGAGCCGACCGACGAUGCCUCCGCUUCCUCUUCCGGGUUUGAGGUGUUCAACGCCGACCCUGCCGCCUCCCGCUCUUCCAGCCUUGAGCAACGGUUGCGCCGGUUCUGCAAGUCGGCGAGCUUCCGUCACCUAUUGCAGUACUUUUCAAAGAAUCUCGGACGCAUCGAAGUCAUCGGUCGGAACGGCUCGCCCGAGCGUGUCUACUUCCAGAUCAAGACCUCCUGGCGAUCUCAGUGGGAGCAGCCGCAGGUCCAGGACUCGAAGCGCGAGUUUUUGAGUGAAAUGCUGGACGAAGACUCGCGCGCCAAGUUUGCCAUGUUUGUUUCGUUCGCCGAGGACACCAUCUAUGAGAUGAGUCACUCUGCCGCACUUUCCCAAACUGACAGCUCAGAGUUACUCGAGCGUGCGUUUGCGCAUCGCAACAUGUACUUUGACCCCGCUGUCUCUCGCAUGCAGGGAUUGCUGGUUGUCGUUUUGCGAGGCUGCAAGCUGAUUCUCAGGCCCAGGAUUGCGCUGCAAGCUCUGGCGGAACGGGUUCGCAGCGGUUGGUCUGAUCUGCUACAGUCCCGCGCUGGUCCCGAGAACGAUGCUUCCGUUCCGCCCGUCCUCGGCGCGGUCACCGCGGCUGGCGCAGCGACGUCCGCAGCAGCAGCAGCAGCGACUUCUGCCUCGCAACCGGCCCCCGCCUUCUCCAAAUCGGCGUUGCGACGAGGCCUUAGCCGAUCUCACCCUGCAGCGGCAGGAGUCGCUGAGAGCGAGGAUGCCACUGCGUUCAUCUCACGAAGCGAUGGAUCUUCCUUGUUCGAAUGGAUCUCGACGCGCGUUUUUGGACCCGUCAGUCCUCACCAGGCGACCAUCCUGGACGAUAGCGACGACACGACCGCGUCGCCUCUGAUCUCUCUCGCUGGGUACAUUCCACAAAUUGACGCGUCCAGCCUCGGCGUGGCCAGCUUCUUUGCCAGCUUGCACCAUCGCGCACAUUUCCUGGUCGCCUGGCUGAGCAUUCUGAUCAACAUUUUUCUCAUGGCCUACAGGAUGCAACACCACGAGGACGGUGGCGACGAGCUGCAUGAACUCGAUCCGUGGGUUAGCUUCUCUCUGUGGAUUCUGCGGGUUGCCCAUUUGUUCUGCUCGCUUGCGAUGCUCGCGGGACAUUGCGCCCUCAAGCUGCCAGUCGUCGUGUUCCGGGAAGAGAAGGAAAUUGUCCAGUCCCUCCUUGCCGAUGGCGUCUGGGUCGUCGAGCGUGAGCCAGAAUCGUGGUAUGGCUGGCCCCGUUUUGCGUGGCGACGCUUUGCCUUGGGCACGCGGUCCUUCCCGGGUCACUACUGGGACAAGGGGGUCAAGGAUCAAGUCAUGGAGCGCUACAAUCGCAACGGCACCGAUUCUUACAUUACAAACCUGCUUGGCCUGCAACCAGAGGCUGUUCCGGCGGCGAGCGCCGCGCCGCGGACCGCGCACAACGCAGACCAAGCGGAGCCCAGCCCAGUCGACGAUGCCCUCGAUCCCAACACUGUCAGCGCGUUUGCUCUGUUUUCGCGCGUGUGGCUGAAUCACGUUGACAUGCCCUAUCUUCUCUGGAGGAUGGGAACGCUGUGCACAAACUGGGAUUUUCUGUACAACCUCAUGUACUUGGUCUUUUCGAUGCUGUCGCUGUUUGUGUCGCCGUUCUUUGCAUGCGUCCACCUGUUGGAUGUGGCAAGGCGCAACAAGACGCUGCAACACAUUCUGAGCUCGUUCACUCGCUCUGGCCAGCAGCUUGUGCUCACUGUCGGCAUGAUGGCGAUUGUCAUUUUCAUGUACACGGUUCUCGCCUUCUCGUACUUCCGUUCCGACUAUGAGCGCGUUUGCACGGAUUCCGAGUCUUCCGGCUGUCAUCCUGACGACACUCGGUGCGACAGUAUUUUCGAGUGCUUUGUGUUCAAUUUUGCCACGGGUCUCAGACAGGGCGGCGGCAUUGGCGACGUUCUCGACGACCCCAACAAUGACCCGUACCGCAUCAUGUUUGACAUGACCUUCUUCCUUGUUGUGAUUGUGGUGUUGCUAAACACGGUUCAAGGUCUGAUUGUGGACUCGUUCAGCUCGUUGCGCGAGCGCGAGGCCAACAACAGCGCAAACAAGGCCAACAAGUGCAUGGUCUGCGGUGUGAGCCGCGCAACACUCGAGCAUGUUCCGCACGGCUUCGAGGAGCACACCAUGCACGAGCACAAUCUGUGGGACUACCUCUUUUUCAUGAUGUACUUGCGGAAGAAGCCCGAGACGCAGUACACUGGGCAAGAGUCGUACAUUUCGACCAUGCUUGCCGGACGCAACUAUGAUUUCUUCCCCGUCGGCAUCCGACAGAGCGCCAUGGCCGCUACCAGCAAUCCGGCAGCGAGUCGCCUUGUUGCCUCACGCCCAGGCGUGAGCUCAGGCGGAAGCGCUGGACCGAGUGCCGCCUUUGGCGCUGGUGCCGAUGCCGCAGAAGCAGCGCCACUCACCGCCGCUGAUGUGAACACUAUCGUGGUUGGCGCCUUGGAGCGCAUGCUCACUUCACUGAAUGAUUCUGGCUACCACAGUGCUGGACAGCACACUGCGGCCAGUUCCACGGGCACCAGCACGCCGUUCGUCCUUCCCGCAGCUCGAGCCCGGUUUGGCACCUCGGGUAGCAUGCGCUUGAACUCAAUCAUUCGCGACGCGUCCAUUGUGUCACCGAUUCCAACAAACAGCAGCGAUCGCAAGCGCGCGCUCCCCGCGACCCCCGCCGCCGGUUCGCUGGCCGAGGCCAACGACCUUGUUGAAGAAGAGGAUGCCCAAACGGCCGUGUAAAAGGAAUUGCAUUCUUCCACUUUGUGUUCCUUUUUGAUUUGGAAUUCUUCCCCACCCCUUCUCCUCUUUUUGAUUGUUUUUGUUGUUAGUUUUGAUUGUGUUGAAUGCUUGUUUGUUUUCUGUGCUGUUAUUUCGCUGUGCUUUUGUUUGAUUUCGUUGGUGUUGUCUCAUGAUUGUCUAAAAUUUGUCAUUCGAAUGGAUCUCACUCUUGUUGAACUUG